UGGUCAACGUUUGUGAACACAUGCUAUACAUGUACGAACACUACCGGCUGGUGUGCAGAAACACGUACCCUGAGCUUCAUAGUUGAAGGCAAUGCGUUGUACUGUUGACAGGAUACCUUACCAUUCGGGACAUGUAGAAUAGCGUGGACAUUCAGAUUUGUGUGACAUUCAUGGAUUAUGUUCAUGUAGCCAGGAGGUGCAAGGGUAUAUGUCUCCACGGAAGGAAUGGUGUGUGCAUUUGAAGCUUCUAUGUUAUUGAAUGUUUAAUAGGAGAUAUCCUGUGCUAGCAACGUAUCCAUGCAGCAAACCUGAGAAAGGUAACUGACAGCUUCAAGCAAGCAAUGAAUAACAAGUAUUUCACCCGAUCUGCGACUCAAGUUAAAUACUGAAACGCUAUAGUUACAGUUAGAUUUAAAUCCUAAUUUUAAAUUCUUCCUAUUAAUUAAUGAUGUAUGGUAAUUGAUUGUCCUUGGUUAACAUCCUUCCUAAUACUGUCACCACUGGCGGAUGAAGGCGUCUGUGGCAUAAGUAUGUGGCGUCUUGCAUAAGAACCCUACAUGGCACUCCUAAACUGGUCUCAGCCAAGGCUGUCUUGUUGGACCCUGCAUCUUCUCCACGGAAGACGACCAGUGCUAUCAGAUAAUAGAUUUUUCUAACAUGGGUUUCAAGCAUAUACUCACACGAAGAAUACCGACAAGUGUGUGGAUGUUGAUGACUCGGAUAUUUCUAUAAGCCAUGUUGAAGCAGAUUGAAACGGAUAAUCGAGUAACGCAUUUAUGGAGAUUGGUGCGAUGAUACGCUGCGUUCUAACGUGAAAAGAUUAAUUAACGGAUCCUUCCAUGAAGCUAAAUGACUAAAUAUAACGCUCCUUUGGAUGCCUAUUAAUAUUUAAUCUGGCUGCAUUUGAGGAAUCAUAUGAACAUUGAAUGUCAAAGUGUGCAUGUUACAUUUUGUAUAACUGUACAAGAAAAGACAAGAGACUACCCGAGGAAGCUUGUUCUAUGGGUGGAAACGAUAGGAGCUGCCUAUGGAUCUAGCCAAAGUCGAGCCGUCACUGCCAAAUAUGGGAAACUCCCACUGUUAUACAGCAGUAAAACGCAAGAAAACACCACCAUCUGAAUGUGAAUCUCACCCGAUGACGAACAAGCAUUUAAAAAGGGACCGACCACAUUCGCAUAAGCGAAAGGACCGAGAAAUGGAUGCUGAGAUCCGUGAAUUAUUCAGAAUAUUUGACAAGAACCGAGACAACACUAUUUCAUGCAAGGAGCUUGGGAAGGCGUUCAAGGUGUUUGGACUGCCGUUGUCCGAGGAGGAGGUCCAACAGGUGGCCGAUGAGCUGGACCCAAGCGGUAGCGGUAAAAUAGAGUACAAGGAGUUCUACAACUUUAUGGUAGAGCAAUUAAAGAAGGCAGAAGACCCUCAGAAGCAAGACAACGCCGUCAGGAUGGCAUUCAAGGUGUUCGACAAAAAUGAAGAUGGCUUCAUCGAUGCCUCUGAACUGCGAGCAGUCAUGCAGAACAUGGGAGAACCUUUGUCAGAGAAAGAGGUCAGCGAUAUGAUGAAGGAGGCAGCCGUAGAUGACGACGGGAGGGUCAACUAUGAAGAUUUCAUCAACACUUGGACGGCGACAGCAACGUCUACGAAAUAGUCUUCCUUGCAAGAGAGUUGACCACGUGAUCUGUGUGCGUGCGCAGCUUGUCGCUGUACCCUGCAGUGCCUUGUGUUCUUCUUCCUACUAUGUUGAGGGACUCUCACUUUGUUGACCUUCACCUUCACAACUGACAUUGUCGCUCUCGCCACGAGAGGAGUUGUGUUGACAUUGUUCCUCCUGAGUUACCUCCCUUGUACUACCACCGCAGCGGGGAUUUUUCACUUUGAAAGCAACGGAUUGUUGCCCCAAACAAAAUUUCUAACAUAUUAAUUUGACCGUAGUGUUAUAAUGACAUCGACGUCUAAUUUUAGAAUGAAAAGUAUUAAUUAAUGUUACAUUCGUGUAAUUCAUCAGAAGAAAACCGGUCAUAUCUCCUCAAAUUCGUUGAUCUUUGCGUCGUUAGCAUUCGUGACCAUCUCGUGCCAUUCCGUGACAAGCCGAACGGCGACUCGUGCCCUUCGCGAAGAGACCUAUAUUGGCGAAAGGACACCAGAACCACUUCAAACAAAACGAUAACUCUUGUUCUGACCGCGCCUGUUGAACAUUGUAGGCCUGGUCCUGUGUUAAAAAAGUAUUGAACCUCUCUGAUAUAUAAAAAAAAAUAUCCUUCUGUUAAAUUGUACAUUUAACGUGUAAUUCAUUUAUUCUCAUUUUAUGAUUACAAAUUAUUACUUUUCUAAAUACGAAUUUAAAAUUAUGUGGGGAGAAAACUGAUAAUACUAUGAUUAUUUUCCAUUUAAAAUAAAUCACAUUAUGAAUUUGUUUAACAUAGCUUCGAAUCGCAAUUUUGAUUUUGUGUUCUCUUUGUUUGAAGCGGCAUUUUACAACUUACAACUGUUUCAUGACUAAGUAAGUCUGUCUUUUUAUGGACACUCUUAUAAAAUAGUUAACAAACAUUAUUAAAGUAUCAUCAUGUUAAACCAUUUUGAAGGGCAUCUAUAUGUCCCAACAAUGUCGUAAUAUCAUUGUAAAUACCAUGGUUAUAGAUCGGGUGGUCAGGCUCGGUGACUUGAUUGAUUGCGUGGAUCAUUCCUCACAAUAUCAAUAACCUGGUCUGGUCAAGUUUCGAUUGUCUACAGACCGCCGUCAUAUAACUGGAAUGUUGCUGAGUGCGGCGUUAAACAAGAAACGUAUAAUCAGCGCUCGUUGAAAGAAAACAAUAAUUUGAGAUGUAAUGAAAAAGGAACAAAAACAAUCUCAUUUACUCAUGUAAGACAUGCAGCUGUGUACAUGUGCUGGGUGUAAACUACUGCAGUUUGGGUAGAUUCCGUAUAUAAUUGUAUAAACUGUGUGGAAAUAACAUAGUCACUUACGGAUUUUAAAGACAGAAUAUAUAUUCAAAUUCAAAAACAAGAUAAAAUCCCUAUCAUUUAUAGCAUUAGGUUUCUAUUAACCCUUGUAAGUAUUUAAUACUCGCUUUCAUACGAAAGCUUCCUUUUAUUGUAAUAUAUGUUGGAGCAAGAGUUUGAUUUUACAAAUUAAGAAAUAAUUCGUUUGAUUCUCAUGUGUCUUUGCGUUUAUAAUUCUCAGUUUAGUUGUUAAUGUUGAUUGAGGAUACAUUUACAAAGAUGUUUUAAGAAAAUUGCACAAGAGGUUUGUCAGCUCAGCUGAGAUUAGACACUUGGCCCAACUGUUGUAUAACUGUCUAUAGAUAGGACUAUCAGACCGGGGUACAAAUAAGAUGUGUAUUAUCAGUCACAACAUCACUGAAAUACAGAGAUAAUUCACUUUUUCAAAACCAAAGUUUAAUGGUUAAUGUUUUUGUGGGUGGGUUUUAAUAUCACUUUUAAAACAUCGGUGAGUGUAAUAUAUCUAUAACGGAUUAUACUGCUAAUAGGGAGUAUUAUAUCUUGGGUGGGUUAUCUGGUUCACUAAGUUACCCCUACAUAUACACAUCUGUGUAUAGUCGUAUCUGUGUCACAGACCAUUAUUACGGUGAAGGGGCGGUCGGGUAGCCUUGUGGUUAAAGUGUUCGCUCGUCACGCCGAAAACCCGGGUUUGAUUCCCCACAUGGGUAACGUGUGAAGCCCAUUUCUAGUGUCCGCCGUCGUAUUUUGCUGGAAUAUUGCUAAAAGCGGCGUAAAACAAUACUCACCUACUCAUUAAAGAGAUGGCGGAAUAAAAUCAUACAUGUGAGGUCAUUCCUCAGAAAACAUUCACAGCCAUAUAGUUGUCGAGAAACAGUAUAUGAUUAGGGUUUAACAGGUACAUGAUAAGUUCAAAUUUUUCAAUGCAUUUAUAAACUCUUGGUAUAUUAUAAAAAUGGAUAUUAAACUGAAGUCAAUAGGCAAAUUAAAUGGGGCAGCCAUGUGAACUAGUGUGAAACUGACAAUGUACAACUUUAAAAAAAUAAACUCAUAUUGCCAAAAAAAAUAAGAAUGAAAUAAUCGGGAUUAUAUUGAUCAAAAGUACUCCUAUCCUGCCGCGCGUUCGAUUGGCUUGCGUCGUAUCGACUUAUGGUGGCACUGAGAGCCUUUUUGAAGGUCACAGAAAGAUACGAAUGGUGACGAAUGUGUCCUUAGGUUCAUAGCACAAGGGAGGCAACUCUCGUUGCUCUCGCGGAACUACAGCUGCAAUCUUUCCACCGAGGCUUGAAAUGUGCCAGUAUGCAACCUUGAUCGGUAUAUGCAAAUUAUGCCAACAGUUAAGCUUACCCUCUCUGCAGUCUUGAAUUGAAGACAUCAACUGGAUUAUAUGUUUGCAUGCUUCUGAUUGUUUUUGAAGUAAUGGGAAUUUUCCUUGUACGUUUUCAAUAUGUUGGUGUAUAUACGUUAGUUGAUUUGAUGCAAAUUUAUAUAGCUUCAUAAACAAUUUCUAUAUUAUCGUUUUGAUAUUAUCGACUUCUAAACACCCUAUCUUUACCAACCUACAAAUUCAUGCAAAUGGAUUAUGUUAUUGUACAACUAAAACUCGUUAACUCUAAUUCCAUAACCUAUUAAGGAUCAUCUUAUGGUCUCAAGUGAAUCUUUAAUAACACUAAGAGAUGUAAUAUAUAAAUAAGUAUGAUACAAAAACAUUUUGUAUAUAAAACUCAUCUUUUAUUUGCAAUGGGAAUAUUUACAUUAAUUUGUCCGUAUUACCCACUGUUGCUUAUAAACUAAUAAAUGAUUUCAGUAUUAUUCUUACUUAAGAUACAGAGUAACAGGGUGUUAUAGAAUUUGAACUGUCCCGUGAAAUAUUUACAAAUUGUUAUUGUUUGUUUUGCAUGAAGACAAUAUUCUGUUGGAAUGUUUGCUGUGACUGAAUACUACGGACUAUGGUAAAUGGGGCUGUGCUUCUGUCUAUAUGAUUAUGCCAUUGAUGUUUUAAUUAUUUACAUAUUUUCAAAUAUAUAACACGUGCCAUGUAAAACAUUAUUUAAAUUUUCACUUCAUUUAUUCAUUCUCAUUGAAUUAUUGCUUCAAAUCGUUCUCCAUUUCUACAUAAUCCUUUUGUGUACAUGCCUUUUGAGGUAAUCACGUGAUCUAUCUCAACCACACAAACAGCCAAUCAGAAACGUUUCAUUAAUGGACGUCCCCUGCUGUUGUACCUGCUAAUAUUAUACCAACAUGACAGGAGGCCGAACUUCCGAACUGUAGGUAGUACGUCGUGAGAAUCCGUGGCGGUUCGAGUCACUGUGUACCUUCAGUAUUACAUGGGAUAGGUACGUUCAGAUAGCGCUAGAAGAGAAUUGACUGGGCUGAUGACUUCGAUGAGACAGGCGGUGGCCGAUUUCUCGUAAACCGAAUAGCAGGCGUGGUGAAGUUUGUUGUGAAAUAUAUAAUUACUUUCGUCGUAAUUAACGCCAGCAGAGCAGUUUGUUUUAUCGUUUAUCGCGCAAAACAACCCCUUGGAGUGCAGACAUUAUUUUUUGACAUUCGAAAUUAACGAUGCUGCGCAUGCGCGAGAUGAGUACCAUAUUGUUUGACCGUCGACAAUUGGCGACAAGCGUUUAGCUUGGUAGAAAUUAUCCGUAGUAUACCACGUUACCCGAUACUAAAGCGGUCAGAUAUGUAUGUCAGCUUGGGCAGCGCUUUAGGCAGUAGAAACAUUAAUACCCGUCGGUCGCAACUUUUAUUACUGAAAGAUGUGAAAAUCCACUGCGGUAUUACGAGAUAUAUGUCUUUCUGUAGGAUCAGCCAUUAGUAGUCUCGAGCUGAAAACGAAAAAGGGACAUGGUUGGACAAUAUCUCCAUAACAAUCUAAAUCUCCCAUACGUGAAGGUCGAGGUCAUUCAUCUCCACAGACAGGUCCCGGCAGUGGGACUACCUGCAUCUGAGUGUGUGUGAUUCUGUUGCUCAAAUCAAAUUAUUGGUGUGUUGCAAUUAAUAUUUCACUGUACUUUUAUAAAAAUUUAUCAAAUGUACAUACGAUGACCUAUACAUUUAUAUGAUUAUCCUUGUUGUGAAAUAUACCACCAUGUGUAUUUUCUGCAUUUUCAUAACUAUUUUUGCAAUGUAAUAUUAUUGACGUGUUGUUCAAAGGUACCUCACGACUAACUGCCUUCUCCUCCAUAUUAAUGUUAUCUCGACAAUAGCUUUGUUAAUUCGACAAUUUAUGAAUGUUUUUUCGACAACAGUAUUGUUAACCCAGCAAUAUCAAUGUCAUAUGAAUGUUAUCAAGAAAAUAUUUAUAUUAUCUCAACGUUAUCGAUGUUUUCGCGACAGGAACAACAUUAUGUCUACGAUGUCGUCAACUCGAACAAAAUGAUGGUAUCUCGAUACUGUCUUUCUUAAUUCGAUAUUAGGAAUUUUAUCUUUGUCAAAUACAGUGGAUUAGUGCCAUCUCGACCAUAUGUACGACAUAUAUCGAACAUCGCGGUGUCUAGCCUAGUGGUUAAAACGUAAGCACGUCACGUCGAAGAUCCGGGUUCGAUUCCGCACAUGGGUACAGUGUGUGAAGUCCAUUUCUGGUACCCCGCCGUGCUAUUGCUGGAAUAUUGCCAAAUGCGGCGUAAAACAAUACUCUAUCACUCACUCUCUUAUUCACUCAUAUCCAUCGGAAAUCUAUUUCCACUCCCACCCUGUUCGUGGGCCGUGUGUUGAGGAGAUACACAGCAUUGCGUACAAAAUUUAUUGCCCCAAAGAAGCCAACCUGUCUGUGUGUCCCUUUGUAGCAAUGGAUUUACCAGGAUAUCUACCCGGAUACCUUAUGACAAAACCACCACUCGCCGUCAUCUUAUAAGCCAAAGUGUCUGUGAGAUGUCAAUGGAAAUAACAACGGAGCAUGUCUGUACAUUUGCAUUGCAAUAUUGACAGAGCUACUGUGUGUAUUACCAUUGACAAUAUUGACAGAGCUACUGUGUGUAUUACCAUUGACAAUGAUUACCGAGCUACAGUGUAUUACCAUUGACAAUAUUGACAGAGCUACUGUGUGUAUGACCAUUGACAAUGAUUACAGAGCUACAGUGUAUUACCAUUGACAAUAUUGACAGAGCUACUGUGUGUAUGACCACUGACAAUGAUUACAGAGCUACAGUGUAUUACCAUUGACAAUAUUGACAGAGCUACUGUGUGUAUGACCAUUGACAAUGAUUACAGAGCUACAGUGUAUUACCAUUGACAAUAUUGACAGAGCUACUGUGUGUAUGACCACUGACAAUGAUUACAGAGCUACUGUGUAUUACCAUUGACAAUAUUGACAGAGCUACUGUGUGUAUUACCAUUGACAAUGAUUACAGAGCUACAGUGUAUGACCAUUGACAAUAUUGACAGAGCUCCUGAGUGUAUUACCAUUGACAAUGAUUACAGAGCUACAAUGUAUUACCAUUGACAAUAUUGACAGAGAUACUGUGUGUAUUACCAUUGACCGUGAUUACAGAGGUACCAUGUAUUACCAUUGACAAUAUUGACAGAGCUACUGUGUGUAUUACCAUUGACAAUAUUUACGGAACUACUGUGUGUAUUACCAUUGACAAUAUUUACGGAACUACUGUGUGUAUUACCAUUGACAAUAUUUACGGAACUACUGUGUGUAUUACCAUUGACAAUAUUUACGGAACUACUGUGUGUAUUACCAUUGACAAUAUUUACGGUACUAAUGUGUGUAUUACCACUGACAAUAUUUACAGAGCUACUGUGUGUAUUACCAUUGACAAUGUUUACAAAGCUACUGUGUGUAUUACCAUUGACAAUAUUUACAGAUCGGUGUGUAUUAUCAAUGGCAGUGACUUCAGAGUAACUUUAUGCAUUUAUUACAUUGUAAUUCCAUGGCUUUAAAUAUACGGCUUUAAAUAUUGCUACAAGUGUGACUUCUGAGUUUUACAUUUAGGAAAAACGCGAUUUCGCAAUAUGUAAAAGUAACGAAAAGCGAAUUAUCAAUUAGCAGAUAUUUUCUAAUCCUGAUCUUUUGGUACUCUGGAUAACUAGUGACACGUGACAUAAUGGUACGACACAGCGAGGCAACUAUGGAGGUAUUUCAAGCUAUCUUGUUUCAAUACUAUUUUUGAGGGCUUAUUUCCCCAAAGCGUGUAAUCAUAUACUGUGUAACGGGCGGUCCAGACAACCCAGCCGUCAAAGGAGGAAAGGUGUGACGUCAGGAUGUGUUUCUACACACAAAGACAUCCACCUUGCAUUACUUGUCAGUUCCCUGUCGCACGUACAUUCAUCUUUAAUCAUAUUUUCUUACGUUGAUAUGUACUGAAAUAAAGAAUUUUAUCCAA